CGUUUCAGCAAGCUAUCAGACGACCACCCCUCACCAUUGUAUUGAUCCUGGAGGCGAGCUUGCAUCUGGAACGGUCCGUUCAUAAGCAUCAGUGUAUCAACUUCUUCCGCUUUGCCAAUGGCUUAGGAUAUAAGCAAUAUAGCUGCAGCAUGACAUGAAGCCUAAAUGCAUCCGCCAAGUAUAUAUGACCUUGAGAACUCCCAUGGGCAGGUCUGUCCUUGUUUGUUCGUCCAUCAUCACUUUUUCUUCUUCUCGAGAUGCAUUUCUCUUCGCUCAUUGCUCCCGUCUUUGCCCUUUUGGGUGCGGUGUCUGGUAACUCGCUCGCUGGUCGUGCGGCCCAGCUCACCCAGGUUCAAAACUUUGGCGACAACCCUUCCGGCACUGGAAUGUACAUCUAUGUGCCUCAGAAGCUGGCCGCUAAGCCUGCUGUUAUCGUAGCCAUUCACUUUUGCACCGGUACCGCUCAGGCAUACUAUCAGCAAUCUCCCUAUUCCAAGUUGGCCGAUCAAAAAGGAUUCAUUGUCAUCUACCCUUCUUCUCCCCAUGCAGGCACAUGCUGGGACGUCUCGUCGCAGAAGUCUCUCAAGCAUAAUGGUGGCGGAGAUAGCAAUGCAAUUGCCAACAUGGUCACCUACACUUUGAGGAAGUACAACGCCGAUCCUAAGCGUGUUUUCGUCACUGGCUCCAGCUCGGGUGCCAUGAUGACCAAUGUCAUGGCAAGUACUUACCCGGAGUUGUUCGCCGCGGCUACUGCCUACUCUGGCGUUCCCGCCGGUUGCUUCGUCUCCUCCUCCGGCCAAGUCGAUGCCUGGAACUCCACUUGUGCCCAAGGAAACGUCGAUCAGUCUGCCGCCUACUGGACUAACGUCGUCAAGAACAUGUACCCUGGCUACUCCGGGGCUCGUCCUCGUUUCCAAAUCUACCACGGUAGCAUCGACACCACCCUUCGCCCCAACAACUACAGAGAAUCUGUCAAGGAAUGGACCGGCGUCUUCGGCUUUGAUGCAAACAAGCCUCAGACUGUCAAGAAAAACUUCCCGGCCAACGGAUACACCACUGAUAUCUGGGGUGUUGACUCGGCCAACCCGCUCGGCAAGGUUCAGGGCAUCUACGCUCUUAACGUCGGACACACCGUUCCCAUCAACGGUGCUCAAGACAUGGCUUGGUUCGGUCUCUAA